GGACUGCAUUUAAUUCUCGCGACUCUUUGAUCCGUAUAUUUUCUCUCUUCUUUUCUUUUUUCUUUUGUUUUACGAGAUAUUCCGAGAAACGAAUGAGCGAGCGUAAAUUCCGUGGAUUUAAAGCACACCUGUAUUCGCGAUUGCAAGUCGGUAUUAUGCCGCAUCGAUGUUUUGCGACAUGUGAAAUCCAGCCCACCGUCUCCUUGCGCGUAUUUCAUAAUCACAUCACUACGCUGUAUCGUCUUCCAAGCUUCAUAAUAGCAAUUCUCGAGGAAAUAAGACCACUUCAGCUCGUGUGUUACUCUCGUCAAGCGAGUAUUUCCCAGCAUCACUAUUAUAUUGGCAUAAAAGGCAUCUUUAACGAAGAAAAAACUUUUUCAUGCUCCAUGUCUCUAGAAAAGCGAUACAAACUUCAAGAAGAGAGAAAAGUUUCAACAGCGACAACAACUUAAAUAAACUCAAGG